GCCUAAGCUAGUGAAAGCGCGCGUGCUUAUUGGCUCACCGUGAGGCGGGACGCUGGGUUACUGAUCUGAUUGGGUGACCCGUCGAGGCGCCGUGCGCAUACAGUCGAGUGCGUUGAGGCCGUGUGCAAACCGCGUGUGGCGCAGCGCAGGAGAACGGAGACCGGGACGAAAACUUCUCUGAAACCAUGAGCAGCAACGAGUGCUUCAAGUGCGGCCGCACUGGUCAUUGGGCAAGAGAGUGCCCAACUGGAGGAGGACGUGGCCGUGGGGGGGGGAGAGGCAGAGGUCGUGGGGGCUUCAGCUCGUCUAGAGGUUUCCAAUUCAUUUCUUCAUCUCUUCCAGACAUCUGCUACCGCUGUGGGGAGUCUGGCCACCUUGCUAAGGAUUGUGAUCUGCAGGAGGAUGCUUGCUAUAACUGUGGCAGAGGCGGGCAUAUUGCCAAGGACUGUAAGGAGCCCAGGAAAGAGAGGGAGCAGUGCUGCUAUAACUGUGGGAAGCCGGGCCACCUUGCCCGUGACUGUGAGCACGCUGAUGAACAGAAGUGCUAUUCUUGUGGAGAGUUUGGACACAUCCAGAAGGACUGCACCAAAGUGAAAUGUUACAGGUGUGGGGAUACUGGCCACGUGGCCAUCAACUGCAGCAAAACCAGUGAAGUCAACUGUUACCGCUGCGGAGAGUCGGGCCACCUGGCACGGGAAUGCACCAUUGAAGCCACCGCUUAAAUAUCCUUCGUCGCCCCUCCUUUUUCUGAUUGAUGGUUGUAUUCUUUUCUCUGAGUCCUCUUCACUUGCCAAAGGUUGGCAGAUAGAGCUAUUCCCAGGCCGUGAGCUUUACUUGACGUGUAAAAGGAGGAAAGGGGUGGAAACAAAAAAAUGACUUUCUGCAUUUAACAAAAAAAAAUGUUUAUGUUUAGUUUGGUAGAGGUGUAAUGUAUAAUGCUUUGUUCAAGAACCCCCUUUCCGGACCACUGGUACUAGGGAUUUCAAUGGGAAGAGUCAGGUCAGUAGGACCCCCCAAGGGGAGCAGGAAUUUGGCAGAGCACCUGCUCCACAUGGAAAAGUGGCUGGAAGUUUCUGCACAACUUCCACCAAUUGAUCUUUUUAGCCGGUCUCAUUGGCCGACCUCGGCUCUUCAUAAGUGUAUGGGGGGGCAACACGUCAACAUCAGCCAGUGGCCCCAUCGCAGCUCACUCUGCCGAAGCAGAAAUUUGGCCACUGGGUUAGUAUUUGAGAUUCGGGUGGAAGAAUCUGAACGAGAUUUUUUUUUUUUUUCUUUCGUGGGAGUGAGAUGGAAAAGGCGGAAGGUGCAUCACGGAGAGAGUGAAGCCAAACGUAGAAGCUGUUCGGGAGCUGCAGAGAAAUGAUGUUUUCACAGAAUCAAGAUGUUAUUUUUGUAUACGAUAUCACUUUAGGCAACUGUUUGAGUUUACUUUGCUUGUAAUCAGUUUUUAAAGUCGGGAGGUAAAAGAAACUUAAGUCCUAGAACAUAGAAAUGUAAUUUUAAACUAUCAAUAAAGCUGGAGGAGGAA